UGCAGUUAAAGAAUCUGAUUGACUUCAAACUCAUUAUCGUUAUCGCAAUGAAAAACUGAGAUACCAAAGUAGACAGAUCAAGUGCUUCACCAUACACGAUGAAACGUUCAAGCACCUCCAUGCCGAGGAACCGUGAUGGCGGAAAUAACAACACACAGGGACCAGUGACAGUCGAAGAAUGCGUAGCUCAUCUGCGGCUUCUCACAGCAUUUGCCAAAUUGCGGCAUGAUAUCAGCACGAGCGACCGUCUUUUCGGCAUCGAAGACAGCGAGGCAUGCGAAUUCACCGGCAAAAAGAGAAACUUGGCCAAGGCACGAAUCAGAGAAAAGCGAUGGGCCGUGUAUGUGUCCAAAGCAGUGGAUAGAUUCAUCUCCUGGUGGCAGAAUUGCAUACCAGAUGGCUUUGUUGAUCCUGCCUCAAGUUUGCUGAGCGGACAAACAGGAAUAUCCUGGACGGCUGACACACUACCACCAAUUGAUGUCCUCAUGGUGUGGCAUUCAUACAUGCUCCAUCCCCGCUCAUUCCUUGAAGACUGUAUCCGACUGUCCAAAAUGGGACUCUGGGCUUCAGGAAUGCCCUGGGGAGCUGUUGGAUCGUGCAUCGAAGAAAAGACAUUCUCCUACUAUCCAGGCGACAAGGCAAUCCGGCACUUUGAGUCUCAGACGGGCCUUGCAUGGGAAAGCCUCGAGGAUCCCCCAAAGACAUUGACGUGUCUUCGCUGCAAAGCUGGGAUCGACACGCCGUGGACCACCGCGACAAACGUCGGUUACGAUCCGGAUGUUGCUUUUGCCCACUGCACUGGGCUGGCAGACAAGUCCUUCCGGAUCCAAUGUGCGUCGUGCAGGUUCAGCGUCACUCAUGCCAACCUUCGAGUCUCUCAGCUCCGUCGUGAUGUGCAGGCCUUGUUGAAGGACGGCACCCCCAUGCCAGGGACGAUACUGGGCUUGCGUGGCACUCCAGCCGAAAAGGACAAUCGGGAUAGCUCAUUUCCUAAUCGCCUUAUCAUGGGCAGCAAGGUUGAGCUGCUCGAAUUGACAGACCCAGCCAACAAUGAAAAUACCAGCAUUGAAAGCAUCCGCAGUCUACUAGAACGGUCCCUGAAGAACCGCCGGUUGAUGUGCCAGGUCAACAAUACCAUGAUACCAACAAGCAUCAGUCACUCCGAGGGCAUCUUCAUUCGCCGGAUGAUGUCGAGUUACUGGGAUAAUGCAUCGCCCUUUUCGCUCGACUUGACCGGAGCUGUAAUCAGACAGGGCCAGUUCAUCGAGAAGAUAGAGCAGCUGAAGUGGCUCCAGUCACCGAGUCUCCCAUCGACCAUGAGCAGUCUGAUUGCUAAAUACGGCGUGUUUACGGACAUAAUGAUUUUGAAUCAAGACCGUGCUGCCGUUCCAACACUGGAUGUUGAUCUUGUCUGGCAUACGCAUCAACUGUCACCAUCUCGCUACUAUGCAUUCUCAACGCAAAAGACAAACGGCACAUUGAUUGAUCAUGACGACAAGGUUGAUGAAGUCAAAAUAUCCGACGCUUUUGAAUGGACGUCAAAGCAGUAUCAAAAAUUGACUGGCGGCAAGGUCUACAGCGAAUGCACCUGUUGGUACUGUGAAGCUGUCCGAGAAUCCCAGAAUCGCCUGUCGUCUUUGACAUCACUAUCAUCCGCCUUGAGUGGAAGAUCAAAUGCUUCAGUCAUGUCUAAUAGUAACAUCAAUGGUGGAAACCCUCAUAUUUCCUCUCAUAAUGCUGUUCGUGCCCAAGGCCAAGCUGCACCUCGCGCCUCGGAGGCCAAAACUGAAGAGUUGAAAAAGAAUUGGGAAAAGGUACGGAGACGGAACGAGAAAUCAGCUGGAAAGAAAAGACAUUCUUUCACCCAAGACAGUGGUCACGAUGUGGAUAUUUCAUCUCAGACCAGCAUUUGGGGUGUUCCUUGCGACCUACCUCAGCAUGGCCCGCACAUGCGCGACCCAGGGGUUCAUGAAGAUAUAUACCCUUCUGAUCCGCUAUGUAUGAACGUGGCUUUGGGCGCAGCAGGAAACUGUGUGGCAGGGACAGAUCGAGAGGCCAUUGGAGCAGGAGGAUGUGUGGCUGGGAUGGCGAUGGGCGAAACACCAGGGAAGCAUCGUGGAGGCCGACCAGGAUUUUGCCAGGGAAGUGGAUUUGAUGGAAUGAGCGGGGGGAUGUUUUAG